AUGAGGAAAAUGAGAUCCUCAUUGAAGCUAUGGGCGAGACAGGAAACCCAUCUAGACGGGUCUCUUAAUCGUGAGAUGAUUAGAGAAUGUUGGGGUGAUUACAAUUUUGAAUUUGCGUAUGAAAAUGCAUCUGCCUACUCCUGCUCGGUGGCCUUUGUGAAUGUCUAUGGACCCCAAUCCCCUUCUGAGAAACGCAAGCUAUGGGAGGAGUUGCUUCUCAUUAAAAAUUCUCGCUCAGCAUGCUGGAUUGUCUUUGGAGAUUUUAAUGUGGUGAGAAGACAGGAGGAGCGUAUUAAUUCCAUGUUUCGUCAAUCUAGUGCUAAUUAUUUCAACAAAUUCAUCGAAUUAGCGGGAUUUCAUGAACCAAAAAUGGGGGUCACGACUCUACCAAGAGAUAAAUCAGAUCAUUGUCCCAUUCUACUUUCUCAAUCCAAAGCAAACUUUGGUCCCCUUCCAUUCAAGCUAUUCAAUUCCUGGCUAACCAGACAAGGGUUCAAUGAAGGGGUUAGCAAGGCCUGUCGUGAAUUCAUCGGUUUUGGUCCCCCCCCCCCCCCCCCCGACUCGAGGCUAUUGAAUAAGUUGAAAGCAAUCAAAAAGGCGAUUAGUGAAUGGCGAUCUUUGGAGUUUUCUAAGGAAUCGGCAAAACUUAUAAAACUCAAGGAGGCUCGUAUGGAUAUUGAUAAAAGGCUUGAUUGUGGCUGUUUUAAUGAUGUCGAUUUGGAUGAAAGAACCAGAAUUUCAGGAAGAAUAGAGGAACUUGAAAGGCUCGCAAUCAUUGAUUUGAAGCAAAAAUCCCGGAUUAAAUGGACAAUUGACAGGGAUGAAAAUUCUUGUUUUUUCCAUGGAUAUGUAUCCAACCGAUUGAGGAGGAAUCACAUAUAA